GCCCCCAGCUGAGCGCGCAGAGGAGCCACCCACCCCACCAGUCCGCCACCAUGGCCGCCCGGAGCGCUCUCCUCGCCGCCGGCGCCGCAGCACUGGUCGCCGUCGCGGCCGUCUUCCUCCUGCCCGACCCGGCUUCCCGCCUCCCAUGGGCGCAGCGGGGAUGCUUCGCCGACCUGAUUCUGGCCAACGCCACCAUCUACACCGCCGACCCCGCCCGCCCCUUCGCCGGCGCCAUAGCCGUUCGCGCCGGCCGCGUGCUCCGCGUCGGCACCUACGACUCCCUCAAGGAAUUCAAGGGCCGAGACACGUAUGAGCUGAAUCUCAGUGGCAAUGUGGUGCUCCCGGGAUUCAUCGACUCCCAUGUGCAGCUAAUCGACGGCGGCCUGCAGUUGGCGAGGGUGCCGCUUCGAGGAGUUAGAAGCAAAGCUGAGUUCAUCAGCAGGGUUAAGGGAGCCGUCAGAGAUAAACAUCCUGGCGAGUGGGUACGCGGAGGAGGUUGGAACAAUGAUUUUUGGGGUGGUGAUCUCCCCACUGCAGCUUGGUUAGACGACAUAUCUCCUGAUAAUCCAGUCUGGCUCUCACGCAUGGAUGGUCACAUGGGAUUAGCCAAUUCACUGGCUAUGAAGAUUGCUGGGAUUGACAAAAACACAAAUGAUCCAGUUGGUGGAACUAUUGUAAGAACAACGGAAAGAGAGCCCACUGGUCUUCUGGUUGAUGCUGCUAUGAAGCUUGUAUUUGAUGUGGUUCGAGAAGACUCUGUAAAUGAAAGACGAGAGGCUCUCCUUAGAGCAAGUAAACACGCUCUAAUGAGAGGGGUGACUACUGUUGUUGAUGUUGGAAGUUAUUUCCCUGGAACCUCAGAAGAGCAAACUUGGCAAGAUUUUUCUGAUGUCUAUGAAUGGGCUCAUUCUAUGGGAAAGAUGAUGAUCAGAGUCUGCUUAUUCUUCCCAAUGCCGACAUGGCCUCGUGUUUCUGAUCUUAUUCAUGAAAGAGGUCGAUCUUUAAGUGGGUGGAUUCAUCUAGGUGGUGUGAAAGCUUUUCUUGAUGGUUCUUUGGGUUCCUCAAGUGCAUGGUUCUAUGAACCUUAUGUGGAUGCUCCGAGCGAUUAUGGUCUCCAAUUGUUAGAUAUGGAUGUUCUGCUCAAUGCAACAUUAGAAUCAGACAAAUCAGGACUUCAGGUUGCCAUACAUGCAAUUGGAGAUAAAGCUAAUGAUAUGCUGCUACAUAUGUUCGACAAGGUUGUUAGUUUGAAUGGAACGAAGGACCGUAGGUUACGGAUUGAGCAUGCACAACAUCUAUCCCCAGGUGCAGCAAAGCGCUUCGGAGAGCAUGGUAUCAUUGCGUCUGUGCAGCCAGAUCAUUUGUUGGAUGAUGCUGACUCUGCUGGGAAGAAGAUCGGGGUAGAACGAGCUGAGCGGAGUUCCUACUUGUUCCGAUCACUACUGGCCGGUGGCGCACAUCUGGCUUUUGGUUCUGAUUGGCCUGUUUCAGAUAUUUACCCUUUGCAAGCUAUUAGAACUGCGAUGUCCCGCAAGCUGCCUGGAUGGGACGAGCCUUGGAUCUCCGCAGAGCGCUUGCCCCUGGAUGAUUCCUUGAAAGCGCACACGAUAUCUGCCGCCUACGCCUGCUUCCUGGACCAUGUUGUGGGUAGCCUCGUCGAAGGGAAGUACGCCGACUUCGUGGUCCUGCCGUCCACCUCGUGGCGUGAGUUCGCCGGCGACAUCCCGGGGCACGUCCUGGCGACGUACGUGAACGGCAAGCAGGCCUAUCCGUAGCCCCGUUCGCUGCGACGGCGCUCCGGCAGCCUCCAGGUCCGGUCCGGAUUCAGAUAGAAGACACACAUACGUUAAUUAGCACCAACCAUUGUUGGUUUAUUCUGGAAGCACUUGUCAGGCCUUGUAAAACGGGGAUGCUUAGGGGAGGUGCUUAGAGAAAUAAACCGGUCGUUUCUUAAGCACCGGUGCUUAUUUGUACAGGAGAGACGCUUAGAAAUAGGCACCGGUGCUUCAGAAAAACUCGAUUUAUUUUUCUAAGCAUCUCUCUAAGCACCUUCCAUUGUACAAGACCUCAUAAUACCAAUCUUAUUUAUUGAUACUGUUGUGACAUGAUGAGGGUUACGUUGGAUCCACAUAUUUUUUUGUACUUUA